AUGCCCCACCGUUUUCAGCGGCGCCAGACCGGAAGAGAAAAGAACGCCGACUCGCUGAGGCUGCCAGCCAAGCUGCAGGAGGAGCUGGCGCAGCACGGCGGCGACGGCGCGAGCUUCAACCGGCGGCGGGAGCCCUCGCGGAAAGACAGGCGGAAGGAAGAGCGGCGACUGCGGAAGCAGGGCGUGGUCAAGCCACGGCGGGGCGAUAACUCUGGCCGUGCAAACGAUGGUCCGGCGGCGGCGGCCCAGCGAGCCCACAUCGCCAUGCUCGAGAAGCGGCUCGGCGUGCGCGGCGGCGGCAAGGCGAACCGCGACGUGCGUGCCGAGAAGCGGCUGCGGCAGGAGAUGGAGGCGGAUGGGCUCGGCUUCCUCUCGCAGCUCGACUCGCUCGACGGCGCAGCCUCGGGUGGCGCCCUCGCGGCGGCCAAGCGCAGCGGGGCGGAAGGCGACGGCGCAGCCCUCGCCGGCCAAAGCCGGAAGGCGGUGCGGCCGGCGGUGGACGAGGCGCCGGCGGCGGGUGGCCUCGGCAAGGCGGGCGAGGGCGCUGGUGCGCCGGCUGCCAGAGGUUCGGCGGUGGCGCCGUCCUCCUCCGGGAAAGCGCGCUACAACAACUUGCCGUCGAUCAGCGCCGAGGUUGCCAAGCUCCUCGGCGAGGGGAGGCAGCGGCCGAUGGUAGAUGAGAUGGUGACGGCCGUGCUCGGCGCGGCUCUGUCCGAGGAGCACGUGCUGCCGCAGAUCGCGCUCACUAACGCCGCGCUCGUGCGCGCGCUCUCGCCGGCGGCGCCGCACCUCGCCGCCUUCCUCGUCGAGGCGCUCGUCAGUCGCUUCGAGGACGACUACGCCGCCCGCCGCUCCAACGCGUGCGCCAACGCCGUGCUGCUCCUCUCGCACCUCUACAACCUUGGCGCCGUCCACUGCUCCCUCCUCUACGCGCUCGCGGGCUGGGACGAGCUCUUGCACGCCGAGCAGAAUGGGCGCUGGUGGCGGCUGAGCACGGACGUGCGCAAGAGCAUCUUUGUGGCAAUCAUGGGCGCCGACGACUAUGUGCACGCGUCGGAGCGGCUGGGGAAGCUCGGCCUGAAGCGUGCGCAGCGGGCAGAGGUCGUCCGUGUCCUCCUCCACUGCUGCGGCGCGGAGGCGGGCUACAACGCCUUCUACGCGCUGCUCGCGGCGCGGCUCUGCGCGUCGCACCGCGAGUACCGCUUCGCCUUCCACUUUGCGCUGUGGGACGCCUUCAAGGCCCUCGACGAGGCGCCGCUCCAUCGCGCGGCAAACACGGCCAAGAUGCUGGCGGCCCUGCUGCUGCGCGCCGCGCUGCCGGUCGACGUGCUCAAGGUUGUGCGUUGGCACGACCUGACGGAGCGGGCGCGCUUUUUCUGGCAGGUUUGCUUCUGCGAGUUGCUCGCCGCCCCCGAGGCGGAGCUCGGCCGGCUCGUGGUUGCGCUCUGCGCCCCCGAGGCGGCGGAGGGCCUGCGAGACGGCGUCUGCGUUUUCGCCAAGCGCGAGCUCGAGCCGCUCGUCCGAAAGACGCGGCGCGAUUUGGCGACGCCGCUCGCCCGCCUCAUGCGCGACCUCGGCGCGGGCGUCUCAUAG